AUGUACUUCGCUGCCAUCCUCGCUACUGUCCUCGUCGCCCUGCCCGUGGCUGUCAAGAGCCAGGUGCUGACUUUCUACGCAUACCCCCAGACUAGUAUGUUCAGGCAUUUAUUUAUCAUGGGCGGUGAACAAGAAGAAUGGCAGGGGGCUGGUCCUGGUCGUCAUGUUGGGAACUUCGAGGCGCCGAGGUACUCCUUCAGUAUCUGUCAAACUGACCACAGGUGCUACCUCGAGAUCUACGAGGGUCUGAACCAGGGAGGUGGCUCCGUCCAGCUUUGGGGCGACCAGCCCGGCGACGGCACUUGCAGCUGGACCAGCCCCGACUACGGCUACUGGAGCUUGUCCAUCAACUGCAACUAG